GCCAAAAUCUGCAAAAUAAACAAAUAAAUAAAACCAUGUCAGAUGUAGAAGACGUGCCCGAAACCCAGCUAGAAAUCGAUGUCAGCGAUGGCGCCGGACUGGAGGAUGAUGAUGAUGACGAUAUGGAACAGAUUACAGCUCAGAAGGUCCUGGAAAUCAUAGAAACCGCGUGGAUAAAUGAAAUGUGUGCGCCGGAGAUCCUGCCCAGCCAGACGGAUAUGCUGGAGCUGAUGGUCUCCCAGGUGGCCCACAUGGAGGAGCAGAUGCGCGAUCUGGACAAGAACGAUUUCCGAGCGGUGGUGCACUCCAUGGAACUGGAGAGGGUGCGCUACAUAAUGGCCAGUUAUAUGCGUUGCCGCCUGCAGAAGAUCGAAACCUUCACGCAGCACAUCCUCAACCAGGAGGAGAGCCGUGAGCCGGAUGACAAACGUCUGUCUCCCGAGGAGACUAAGUUCGCCCAGGAGUUUGCCAGUAAUGUGGAUGAGUACUUUCACAAAGUAGCCACCCAGUACAUGCCCAACCAGCAGAGAGGAGAGGCGGAGCAGAGGAUUGUGACGCCCAAUCUGAUGAGCCAUGUCUUUCUUAAGGCAAAUGUGGCGGUGCCCGCUGUGAUCGUGGGCGUUGAUGAUGAGGAGGUGGACAUGGCGGCCGGCUCCCAGCAUAUUAUUCCCUACCAACUAGUAGCCGACUUGAUACAAAACAACCAAGCGCAGCUAAUUUAAGACUUAUUUAGCAGGUAAUAUACAUAAUAAUAAAAAAAUAAAAAUCAAACUCUGCAAAGCUGCA